GUUUUAAAAAAAAAAAUCAACUAAUUUUCAAUUAGUAUUAAUUUCUAUGACUAAUUUAUUCAUUACCAGUUAACAUAAAGAUUUCUUGCCCUGAAUAUAUUUUAAUACAUAUCAUUAGAGAUAAUAUAUAAACCAAUAAACUCACAAAUGCAUCACCUCCCGUAGAGACAGCAAGACUGUUCCUGUGUCCUGUCCUGAUUCUCUCCUCUUAGAUCAAACUUCGAUUCUCUUACAAACAAAAAAGAAAAUAAGAACAAUCUGAGAAAAUGGGUGGUCAUGGAGAAGGAGUGUCUCUUGAAUUCACUCCGACGUGGGUCGUCGCCGGAGUUUGUACGGUAAUCGUCGCGAUUUCUCUGGCGGUGGAGCGUUUGCUUCACCAUUUCGGUACUGUUCUUAAGAAGAAGAAGCAGAAACCUCUUUUCGAAGCUCUUCAAAAGGUUAAAGAAGAGUUGAUGUUGUUAGGGUUCAUAUCGUUGUUCCUGACGGUAACUCAAGGACUAAUCGCCAAGAUCUGUGUGAGAGAGGAUGUGCUAAUGCAUAUGCUUCCAUGUUCAAAACAAGAAGCUGAGUUAAGUAAACACAAAAACGUGACGACAACAGAGCAUUUUCAGUCUUUUUUCCCUAUUGUUGGGACCACUAGGCGUCUACUAGCUGAACAUGCUGCUGCUGCAGCUGGUUACUGUAGUCUUAAGGAUAAAGUACCGUUGCUUUCGCAAGGGGCGUUGCACCAUCUACACAUCUUCAUCUUUGUACUCGCCAUUUCCCAUGUGACCUUCUGUGCUCUUACAGUGGUUUUUGGAAGCACUAGGAUCCACCAAUGGAAGAAGUGGGAAGAUGCGCUUGCAGAUGAGAGUUUUGACCCUGAAGCAGCACCUGAUAAGAAUAGGCUGACUCAUGUACACCAACAUGCUUUUAUUAAAGAGCAUUUUCUCGGUAUUGGCAAAGAUUCAGUCUUCCUCGGAUGGACGCAAUCAUUCUUCAAGCAAUUCUAUGGAUCUGUGACGAAAGCAGAUUACGUGACUCUGCGCCUUGGUUUCAUUAUGACGCAUUGUAAAGGAAAUCCAAAGCUUAACUUCCACAAGUACAUGAUGAGAGCUCUUGAGGAUGAUUUCAAACAUGUUGUUGGUAUUAGUUGGUAUCUUUGGAUCUUCGUGGUCAUCUUCUUGCUUCUUAAUGUUAAUGGAUGGCACACAUAUUUCUGGAUAGCAUUCAUUCCCUUCAUCCUGCUUCUUGCCGUGGGAACAAAGCUGGAGCAUGUGAUAUCACAGUUAGCUCACGAAGUUGCAGAGAAACAUGUAGCAAUUGAAGGAGACUUAGUGGUGAAACCAUCAGAUGAGCAUUUCUGGUUCAGCAAACCUGAGUUUGUUCUCUUCUUGAUUCAUUUCAUCCUCUUCCAGAAUGCUUUCGAGAUUGCCUUCUUCUUUUGGAUUUGGGUUACGUUCGGCUUUGAUUCAUGCAUUAUGGGACAAGUGAGAUACAUUGUUCCUAGAUUGUUGAUUGGAGUCUUCAUUCAAGUGCUUUGCAGUUAUAGUACACUGCCUCUUUACGCCAUUGUCUCACAGAUGGGAAGUAACUACAAGAAAGCCAUCUUUGAGGAGAAUGUGCAGGUUGGUCUUGUUGGUUGGGCACAGAAAGUGAGGAACAAGAGAGCUGGUAAUGGGACCGAAGGUAGCUCUAAGCCUGGUACUAGUCCUGGUGCUGGUGCUGCUUCUGCUGCUACUCCUGGUGCUGGUGCAGGUGCUGGCGCAGGUUUUGCAGGAAUUCAGCUCAGUAGAUUAACAAGAAACAACGCUGGGGAGACGAAACAAAAUGAGAUUACACCUGCUCAUGACAACCGUUGAUUAGAGAUAGAAAACUUUAUCUUCCUUAUUAGUCAGAGUUAGCUUCCAUAUCCUGUUAUGUUGCUGCUAUACAUAGAAGCUACAGUGACUUGAUUUUAUUUUAUUUUGGUUACAAUCUUUUUUUUUUUUGCAUUAGAAUUGGGAACUGAAUCUAUUUGUAUAUACAAAUGAUAUGGAACAUUAUAGCCGUCUGUUGUUCAACGUAGAAUUUCGGAACAGUUAUUUUGGUUUAUGAAAUAUAGGAACC